AUGGCUAGCGCGCCCUCUGCACUAGCAGCGUUCGACGCUCAUGGAACCCUCGGUGCUCUGUCUGUGGGAGUACUCAUUUCCUCCUUCCUCUUUGGGAUUGUCACCGUCCAGGCGUAUGUUUACUAUACUCGCUUCCCUGAGGAUCAGAUGAAGUUGAAGAUUUUGGUCGCUGUUGUCUGGCUUUUCGAACUCGCACAUUGCAUCUCCAUCUGCCAUUCUCUUUACUCCUUGACCAUCAGCCACUAUGGGGAUCCAAGAGCGCUCGUGAGACCACCAUCGACGCUAUUCCUGGCCAUUAUUUUCAGCGGUGUUAUAGGACCUCUCGUCCAAGCGUUCUUCGCUGAGCGCGUGCGAGUCGUCAGCGGUCAGCUCAUUAUCCCAAUCAUAUGCUGGACUCUUUCCGCUGUCCGACUCGCCAUGAGCUUGGUUGCUGCUUCGGAGGCCUUCCAAAUGACUACUCUCGCUCAGUACCAAAAGGAAUGGAAGUGGCUGCUCACGACGGUGCUGGCCAUCGGUGCUGCCGUCGAUAUCAUCGUCGCUGCUGCGCUUUGCUACCACCUCAGGAUCCAGAGGUCCAAUUCGCACGAGAAGACUGCGAUGAUGAUUGAUAAGAUCAUUGCGUGGACAAUCCAGACUGGUUUAAUGACUAGUUUAACUGGCUUGGUCAUGCUAAUCUGCUUCUUGGCGAUGCCGGGUAACUUUGUCUGGCUGGCGUUCUUCAUGUUCUUGGCCCGCAUGUUCUCCAACUCCUUACUUGCCUCGCUCAAUGCACGAAGCAUUCUUCGGUCCAGCAAAUUUGUCGAGUUGCAGCAGUCUCAGGGUAGCACUUUCAAUGCCAGCAAUACGAGAUACCCUCAAUCACAAGUGUCAGUGCGCAUGACCAAAUUGACGGAAGUGACAACCGACACCAAGGCAGAUCCUAACUACAACGACAUGGCUUGA